AAGAAACGUAGUAUAUUUUGGGAUCUCCCGUACUGGAAGGAUUUGCUCAUACGUCACAAUCUUGAUGUGAUGCACAUUGAGAAGAAUUUCUUCGAAAAUAUCUUCUAUACAAUUUUGGGAGUACCUGGAAAGUCAAAGGAUCAUACACAAGGGAGGAUGGAUAUGGAACAAAUUUGUCAUAGGCCGAGUUUGGGGAGGGACAAUGAUGGUAAAUACCCUAAAGCUCCAUUUACCCUUUCAAAAGAACAAAGGGAUGUCUUGAUUAAAUGGAUUGAUUCAUUGAAGUUCCCAGAUGGUUUUGCAUCUCGACUGGGGCGGUGUGUGGAAAUGGAUAAGCUUAAGGUAUUUGGUAUGAAGAGUCACGAUUGUCAUGUCUUUAUGCAACGCCUACUUCCAAUUGCCUUUAAAGAGAUGUUGCCUGAUCGAAUUUGGGAGGCAAUUACUGAGAUUAGCUUAUUCUUCCGUGAGUUAACAAGAAAGACAAUAUCAGUUUCCGAUAUUGAGAAGUUAAAGGUAGAUAUUCCUGUGAUUUUGUGUAAGCUGGAGAAGAUUUUUCCACCCUCGUUCUUUGACCCUACAGAACACGUUGUUGUCCAUUUACCCGAUGAAGCUUUGCUUGCCGGACCUCCACAAUACAGAUGGAUGUAUCGUUUUGAAAGUUUUCUAGGAUCAGUGCUGAAGACGAAAGUCGGAAACAAAGCUAGAGUUGAAGCUUCUAUCAGGGAAGGUUAUUUGCAAAGUGAAAUGGGCACAUUUGCAAGCUACUACUUUCC